UUUUUUUUUUUUUUUAACCAAAAAUACAAACUACUCCUGAAUUAAUUUAAACUUUCUGUACUAGUUUUUCGGUCUGAAUAGGUUCAUCAAUUCCUUUUUUAACAGAACAAAAUUUCCUAAAAUUUAUAUAACGCACAUUCUUGAUUUUUUAUUAUUCCCCAAAAAUAGUUCAUUUCCGUAAAACCCAUCUUUUUUUCUUUCCCUACUCAAGGAAUAAUAAUGUCACGACCAAAACGACCUUCGAUUGUAAAUGUUACAAGGGAAGAUUUUAAAUAUGUUGAUCCUGAUUCAGUUAACGAAGAUUUAUUUUGUUCAAUUUGUCAUGAUGUAUUUGAUACAGUAAAAAGGAUUAGAAGAUGUAAACAUGAAUUUUGUUAUGCUUGUAUACUACAAGCAUUAGCUCAAAAUAAAUCUUGUCCAAUUUGUAGAGCUAAUUGUACUGAAAAUGAUUUACAAAGCUCAACAAGAGUACAAAAUGAUUUAGAACAAUUAUUAGUUUACUGUAAUUUAUCUCCUGAUUGUGAUUGGAAAGGUACAAGACAAGAUUUAAGAUUUCAUUUAAAGAUCGACUGUCAAUUUGUACCAGUAAAUUGUAAUGAACAUGAAAAUCAUCCGGAUUGUAAAUUGGUAUUUAAACGUAAAGAAAUUGAUAAACAUAGAGAAGAAUGUAAUUAUAAAAUGACCAGUUGUCCUUUAAAUUGUAAACGAAAAUUUUACGACUUGGAAGCUCUUGAGUCUCAUGUAAAAGUGGAAUGUAUUAAUCGACCAAUAGCUUGUCCAACUUGUAAUCAACCUUUAUUAUAUCAUGAAUUAAAAGAUCAUGAUUUUGUUUGUUUAAAAAAGAUAAUAAAUUGUCCUCAUAAAAAUAUUUUGGGUAGUUUUGGUGGUUGUUCAGAAGAAUUUGAAAGAAAAGAUUUAUAUGAACAUUUAAAAUCUUGUAAAAUUGAACCAUUUAAAGAAGCAUUUAGAGGAAUAAAUAUGCAUAUGAUGACAUUAGAAAGAAAGAUUGAAUUAUUACAAAUAUCAUAUAAAGAAGAAUUGGAUAAAUUAUCAACUUUAAAAUUACAUUCUGAAGAUGUUACAACAGCUGGUCAAAUUAGAAAUAUAUUAAAAUAUAAUCCCGCUAUAAGAUCUUUACAUUUAUUGGAAUUUCAACCUGGUACAAAAUGGCAAUAUAUAACUGAAGUUUUACAAUCAAAUGAUAUUAUAUCAACUGUAUCAUUAAAAGGUAGUGAAAUUGAAAAAGUUGGUGCUGUAUUAUUAGCAAAAGCAUUAAAACAUAAUAAUUUUAUUCAUACUUUAAUAUUAUCUGAUAAUAAUAUUGGUGAUCAAGGUAUUGAAUAUUUAUCAAAAUCUUUAGAAAUUAGUAAAACAAUUAAAGUUAUUGAUUUGGCUGGAAAUAAUUUUGGUGAUAAAGGAAUGGAAUUAUUAUGUAGAGCAUUAGAAUCAAAUAAUUCAAUUGAAUCUAUUGAUUUAUCAUGGAAUAAUUUUAGAACAAAAGGUAUUGAAUCUUUAUCAAAAGUAUUAGAAAGAUCAAGAUGUAAAAUUCUUAAUUUGGAUCUUAGUAAUAAUGAUAUUGGUUAUAAAGGUAUUGAAAGUUUGGCAAAAGGUCUUGGAUUAAAUAGGUCAAUAAGAACUUUAAAUCUUGAUCAUACUAAAGUUGGUAAUAAAGGUAUUGAAUAUUUAUCAAAAUCUUUGGAAAAAAAUUUUACUUUAGAGAAAUUAAUUUUAGCUGAUAAUCAUAUUGAUGAUAGAGGUGCCGAAUUUUUAUCUUAUGCUUUACUUGUUAAUCAAACUUUACAUACUUUAGAUUUAGAAGAAAAUUCAAUAAGUGAUAUUGGCACUGAUUUAAUGAUUAAAUCUAUUAAUAAGAGUGCUUUAAUAGCUUUUUCUGGUGGUAAUUAUGUUGAUUAUGGUAAUAUGAUUAGAACAAUUUUUUUAAGGAAGAAUUCAACUACAAGAGAAGGUCUUAGAAAUUCUACUAAAGGCAUUCAAUUUGUUAGGGUGGUUACUGAACGAGAAUGAGAUUUCGUAUUUUGUUGUUUUUUUAAUUGUAUAAAAUUCUUUAAUAUUGUUUGUUAUAUAAUAAUAAUUUAUUAUUUUUUUUUCUUCCUCUUGAUAUUAAAAAUAUUUAUUUUUAAAUUGUAAUUAAAUUUACUAUGACCUUUUUUUUCAUUUUUUUUUCACCUGUAGAAAGAACAAUUUAUUUUUUUUUUUUUAAAAAAAAAGAAAGUCAUAGCGUACGAUUGGUAAUGUUUAGUAUAUGAUUGAUAACAGU